AUGAAUCCACACCAAAAGAACAAGAUCGACAUCAGCAAACUGUCUCCGGAUGAGCAGAGACUGUUUAGACUCUACGGCAAGCUUCCGAACAAGUCAGAUCUAUUGCAGAACAAGUUGAAGGAGCGCAAGUACUUCGACUCAGGAGACUACGCCCUCUCCAAAGCCGGCAAGGCCUCAGACACGGGCGUCACGACCAUCGGCACCGAGCAUCCUAAAGCCGAAGAGAUCCCCCACACCAGUCCUCUCAUGCACACGCUCUCCCGCAACGACUCGGUCUCUGGCGCGGCCGGGGCAGCCGCACUCGCGUCCAGCCCGGAUGGACAACCCAUGCUCCCAGGUCACGCCGGCAUGCACCGCGGCAGCAUAACCGGUAUCCCAGGCGGUGGACUGCCGGGAGCCACUGGCCGCAGCCCAGUCAAGGAGAGCAGCUUCCUGGCCCGAAGUGCAAGCAUAGACGAGGCGAACGUGGACGGCAGUGCAAGAGCUGACAACGUCAGUCUGGAGGGAAGCGUCAGUCCACCCGCGAAGAGAGAAGGGAUCCCUAUUCGCAGAUAG